UGCCACUUAUCAUUAGAUAUGGCCACCGUUAUAGAGUACACCGAAGCGUCAUCUUCAACUUAAUUUUGUGAUAUUCCAUAGUAAUUUUGCAGUUCGGUCAGCGUGGCAGGCGGGAUGUUAUUUUUGGCAAGCUAAUGUUUGUUUUUACAUGUCUUUGGAGGAGGUUGUUACUGCGUGGCAGGCUGGCUGCGAGAGUCUCCUAACUGGCCGCUUGGUCCCGCAGCUUGUCGCAGCUGAAGAAAAUAGAACCAGUUGCCAACCCAGCGGUCGGCACCCAACAUUUGCUUUGCGCGUCGCUAUACUUUCUCCGAGGAUUCAAGUUUCGUUUCCGGAGUGUUGACUUUUGCAGCCGCUUGGAUUUUGGCUUUGAUUUGUUUUCACGUUAAUGGUAAAAUUGUUGGCCGUAGACUUGGGUGGCUAACACCAACUAGCUAUAUAACCCGAACUCGUGCGACGACAGCUGUCAUUGGAGAAAGGAAAGUGAUCCCCGCAAAUGCGUGUGCAAGUGAAGCGGUUUUCUGUUGGAUUUACACCAUCUGCUUUUCCAUCAAAUGGGCAAAGUUGGGAAUAACAUUGCAACGCUGGAAUAUGAUAUGCGUUAUGCAUUUUUGAGAACUGCGGUGUUGCUUCAUUGGAGAGAGGCGAGCUAGCUCAGUUAGCUUGCUAGCUAGCUGGGUGAUAAAAGUGCGACGUUUCAUCCCCCAGUAUUUUGGACAUGAAGAGGAUAAUUCGUUAUUCAUAGGGCUGGAAGAAUGUCAUCAGAGGAUAAGACUGUGGAACCCUCUGACCAGGGACCCUCACCGCCCUCCAGCAGUGUAGGGGCCACGUCCACAGGAAGUCCUGCCCACGCAGACAAGCGACCACGUGGCAGGCCGCGCAAGGAUGCUGCUGCCGCCGCCGCCGCCGUCGCCAUCCUACCCCAGGCACCACCCUUAUCCACGUCUAAGAACAGAAAGAAGGGUCGCACUAGAGGGAGGGUUGUUGUGGAUGAGGAGGACAGCAUGGAUGGGACUGAGAUAACAGAGUCCAUAGACCCUCAGGACACAGAAACACAAACCCAGCCGUUGGAGACUGUGGAAGUGGUGACCACUGAGGUGCCAGAGGAGGACAAGCCCUCUUCCCCUCUGGCCCAGAGCCCUCCAGCCGAGAAUUCAGCAGGACCAUCUGUUCCAGCAAGUAGAGAAGUCAAAAGCAGUGAGCAUCUCUGUGCCUUCUGUUACUGCGGUGGCCGUAGCCUUCUGGGUCAGGGGGAUCUGCAAGUAUUCAGCAUCACAUCUCAGCUUGAAGCACUCUUCAGCCGCAAGGGUGAAGGAGGCUCGACAAGUGAUAGCAGUGAUGGUGAUAAAACCACUCAGCCAAAAAUGGCCGGAGAGACCACCUCAGGACAGAAGGAAAAGAAGAAUGAGUCUGAAAGCUGCGAGGAAGAACCAGACCCAGCCAGUCGAUUUUGGGAUGAGCUUUCUCAUGUUGGCCUUCCACAAGAUCUUAACGUCCAGUCUCUCUUUGAGUCAGGGCAAUGCUGGGCACAUCAGAGUUGUGCCUUGUGGUCUGACGGUGUUUGUGAGGGCGAGGGACAAUCUCUGCUUAAUGUGGACAGAGCCAUUGACUCAGGGAGCACAAAGCACUGUGCAUACUGUAAGCGCCUUGGAGCAUCCAUUAAGUGCUGUGCUGAAGGAUGUGCUCAACUCUACCAUUACCCCUGUGCGGGGGCAGCUGGGACCUUUCAGGAUAUCAGGAGUCUCUCACUCCUCUGCCCAGAACACAUUGAAUUGGCCAUUCACAAAUUUGUAGGAGAUGUAAAUUGCGCACUAUGCGAUAGCCCAGGGGAUCUACUGGACCAGCUCUUCUGCACCAGUUGUGGUCUACAUUACCAUGGGAUUUGCCUGGACAUGGCUGUGACCCCUCUACGGAGGGCAGGUUGGCAGUGCCCCGAGUGUAAAAUCUGCCAGACGUGCAAGAACCCAGGAGAGGACACUAAAAUGCUGGUGUGUGACAUGUGUGACAAAGGCUACCAUACCUUCUGUCUGCAACCUGCUAUAGACACUCUUCCCACCAAUGGAUGGAGAUGUAAGAGCUGCAGAGUAUGCAUCCAAUGUGGAACACGAACCAGUGGGCAAUGGCACCACACCAGCCUGCUGUGUGAGAACUGUGUCCAAAACCAGGACCCUGCUCUGUGCUGUCCUAUGUGUGCCUCCAUCCUGGACCCUGAGCAUCACAAAGACUUACUAUUCUGCCACACUUGUAAAAGAUGGCUACACCUGGAGUGCGAACGUCAGAACUCAGGCCAAACAGAAAUCCACCCCAGAGAGGACUAUGUUUGUUCCAACUGCAGGUCUCCUGCUGCAGAGCAGGCACUACAGGCAGAGGAUAUGGACACCGGCCCAGAGAUCAGCCCUCAGCCAGACUCCAUGCACACAAACUCUGAGACUGGCCUACAGCUGGCUCAAAAGCACACAGACCUAGAACCUGGCACUCAGCUGCCUCCUGAAAUGCACAAUGACCCCAAACCGGAAUUACUUGCUGUUCCAUUGCACUCGGAUUCAGAGGCUGUUCAGGCUACCGUCCAGGAGGAGAAGCUGGCCACGUCAGACCAGAAGCCUGGUGAGACUCUAUUACAAAAAGAAACCUUGGUGGGAGCAGACAUUAUCGAGAGGCAAGUUACUGAACCUUCUGUCAACAAAAUUCCAGCAGAACUCAAACCAGAAACAAAACCAGCAGCAAGAGCCCAGCUCACGUCUACAGAAGGACCCGAAUCUUCAGCAACUCAAAGCCAGGAGUCUUUUGCAGCUCAACACUCAAUGGAGGCACUACAGACACAGAACACCACAUUACAAAUCAAACCAGCAAAUACAGAGACCUGCCCUGAGCAGGGUAUGGUCAACCCCAGCACAAAGGAUUUUAAGGCCAUCAUCUCAACCACCAAAGAACCAAGUACUGCAUCAGUACACUUCACGGACCAACCAAUGGAAGUCUCACUACCCCAACCUUCAAGUAUGGAUGUAGUCAGGGCUUCUUUCAUGAAAACUCCUCCGAAAGAACUUAACAAGGAGAGGAAGGAGGGCAUUUUUCACAGGAACCUGGAGGAGACUGUUAAGCCGUCAGCCUCCAGUUCAGCAGAGGAUAUGGACACUACACUGGAGUGCAAGCCUAAUCUGUCAUUUCCCACCUUGUCUUCAGAGGAGAAACCCCUCAAAACAACAGUGGAAAGAUUAGCUGAAAUGGUUUCGUCUCCUUCCCACUCAUCCCCUCUGGCCCGAGGGACUUCCCCCAGAGAACCUCCCCUGGCCCAGAUCCUACCUUCGCUGAGUGACCACAGCAGUGUAAUACCCACCACCACCCUUAUACCGUUCACCCCCAAGAUUGGGAUGGGAAAGCCAGCCAUCACCAAGAGGAAGUUUUCUCCCGGGAGGCCGCGGGUUAAACAGGGUGCAUGGAGCCCCCAUAGCAGUGUGAGCUCACCCUUGUCCUGGUCACCAGACCAGCCAGAGGGGUGGGAUGUCCCAAAGACCAGGCAGUCCUCUGGCAGCCCCGGCUGGAGCAUCCGAGUGGGUCGAGGCUCAGGCUUCCCUGGGAGGAGGAGGCCCAGAGGGGCUGGUCUGUCAGGUAGAGCUGGGCGUGGCAGGGCCAGAGGGAAGAAUGGAGUGAGUCCCUGCAUCAAUCCUGGGAUCACCACAAUAGAAACACCGUAUCCAAUCAAGGAGGAGGAGGAGAAUGCGAUGCAUAACACAGUGGUCAUAUUCUCCAGCAACGACAACUUCACGCUAAAACAGGACAUGUGUGUGGUGUGUGGGAGUUUUGGUCUCGGGGCAGAGGGGCGUCUGUUGGCCUGUGCUCAGUGUGGCCAAUGCUAUCAUCCAUUCUGUGUCGGCAUAAAGAUCACCAAGGUGGUGCUAAGUAAAGGCUGGCGCUGUCUGGAGUGUACAGUGUGUGAGGCCUGUGGUCAGGCCACAGAUCCUGGCCGCUUGCUGCUGUGUGAUGAUUGUGACAUCAGCUAUCACACAUAUUGCCUGGACCCUCCGCUACAGAAUGUACCCAAGGACAGCUGGAAGUGCAAGUGGUGUGUGUCCUGUACCCAGUGCGGUGCCACCACCCCCGGCCUAAGGUGUGACUGGCAGAAUAAUUACACUCAGUGCGCCCCUUGUGCCAGCCUUGUAACAUGCCCAAUCUGCCUGGUGGACUACAGCGAAGGCACCAUCAUUGUGCAGUGUCGCCAGUGUGACAGAUGGUUUCAUGCCUCCUGUCAGAGUCUCCAUUCAGAGGAAGACGUAGAAAAAGCUGCAGAAAGCUGCUUUGACUGCACAAUGUGCCGAACUUUCAAGACCACUAAAGUUGUGACAAAGACCAGAGACACCUCUGAGCCUCUGCUUAUGACACAGAUUGUCACAAAGGCUAAAGAAAUCGAUCUGUCGAGGACCUACACCCAGGAUGGUGUUUGUUUGACAGAGUCGGGGCUUUGCCAACUCCAGAGCUUGUCUGCUACGGCGUCACGGCGUAGGAAACCUAAGCCAAAACUGAAGCUCAAGAUCAUCAACCAGAACAGUGUGGCAGUGCUUCAGGCCCCUGUAGAACCUCUUUCAGAACACUCUCGUGAUGAAGACGUAGAGGACAACAGAGAGGCGGAGCUCCUAGAUUGUGAGGCAAAGUCUGACUCAAGCCUGGAGCGAGAGCCAGCAGAAGAUGACUCCAAGGGGGCCGACGGCGGCAAGAAGAGGAAGAGGAAACCGUACCGGCCGGGCAUUGGUGGGUUCAUGGUCCGCCAGAGGAGCCGUCCAGGCCAAGGUCCAGGCAAGGUUAAGCGAGCCCUCUGCAGGAAGGAUUCUUCUGGCUCUGUGUCAGAGAAUCCCAUUGGAAAAGAUGAAGCAGGAUGGACUGAGGCGCUGCCAGAUACUCCUGUGGAUGAGACGCCCCCUGGUCCAGAAGUCCCAGAAAAAAUAAAGAAACGCUAUCGGAAGAAGAAGACCAAGCUUGAGGAGGCUUUCCCCACCUACCUGCAGGAGGCUUUCUUCGGAAAGGACCUGCUGGACAAAAGCAAACAGAGCAGGCAGCAGGGGGUCGAAUCAGGCUUACUGGAAGACGGACAAAGCCAAGUGGAGAGGAAGCAUCCCACUACCAGCUUUCUGGACCCCUCAUCAGAUCCUCUGCUCAGCGCUUCAGCAACAUCCCUUCCCACCAGACCGGCAGCAGCACAGACGUCUGAGGAACCAUUAGUUGAUCUAUCUGAUGUUCUGAACACUGAUGCAGACAUCUUGGGAAUGCUCGGAAAGCCAAGCAGUGACUCUGGUCUUGAUUUUUGCCCCUUCCAGGUUGACAGCUCACCUCCUCCUUUUGCUGGUCUGGACAUUGGGCCCCUGGCAGACGGUUCCCCAGUGACGCCUCAGUCUCAGGCUGGCCGAAGGACACCUCGAACACUCCCAGAGGAACCCCUGGACGGCAUUCUCAGCCCAGAGCUAGACAAGAUGGUCACUGAUGAAUCAAUUCUCAGCAAACUUUAUAAAAUUCCAGAGCUGGAGGGCAAGGAUGUGGAGGAUCUCUUCACAGCCGUACUUAGCCCCAGCACAAGCCAACCACCUCCACCACAGGUGCCUCACCCCCAGGGUCCAGGGCCCCUCCCUGCCACACCUGGCACUAGUAUGCCUCACCCUAACGCAGGGAAUCCCAUGUUUCCAAGGAUGCCAAUGAUCAAUGGUAUGAUGGGACCAAACCAACGUUUCCCUACAAAUCCUGGAGCGGGGCCCUGCAUCCCGGAAAACUUCUCCCCCCUUAACCGUAUGCCUUUCACUGACAAUCCAAGGGAUAGAAAGUUUAACCAGAUGCAGAGAGAGGCGGUCGGUCCACGGCCUUCCCCUGCACAUGGCCACGGCCCUGCAGCCCCUGCAUUUAUGCCUGAGGGGGAGAUUGAAGCCAUGUCAAAUGCACAAAGGAGUACACUCAAGUGGGAGAAGGAAGAGACACUUGGAGAACUAGCCACUGUUGCACCUGUUCUAUACACUAAUAUCAAUUUCCCCAACCUCAAAGAAGAGUACCCAGACUGGUCUACAAGAGUAAAGCAAAUUGCAAAACUUUGGAGGAAAGCUAGUUCACAAGACAGGGCCCCGUAUGUGCAAAAGGCAAGAGAUAACCGAGCAGCCCUGCGCAUCAACAAAGUCCAGAUGUCGAAUGAGACGGUGAAGAGGCACCACCCACAGCAACAGCCCCCUGAGGUGUUUGAUCCCAACAUACCACUAGACACAGAACUCCUGUUUAAAGACCCUUUGAAACCAAAAGAGUCAGAGCAUGAACAAGAGUGGAAGUUUAGACAGCAAAUGAGGCAGAAAAGCAAACAGCAAGCAAAAAUUGAAGCUACUCAGAAACUGGAGCAAGUUAAGAAUGAGCAACUUCAGCAGCAGCAGCAACAACAGCAACAACAGCAGCAGACCAGCCAAUCAGAGGGAGAUGGCAACAACAGUGGCAACCAGAGCCCAGCUUCACAGCCUAGUAAUGGCAGCAUGUCCCCAAUGCAGCAGCUCAAUCCUAAAGAAAGUUUUGCCAGACCGCAACUACCAGGGACGCCCACUUCUGGUCCUCCAGAGGAUGUGUUCCUACGACCCCCUCCUCCACCUCCGUCUGGCCCAUCCUCCCAGCCUCAGUCUCCACAGGUAUUCUCGCCGGGUUCCUCUGGUUCCAGACCCUCUUCUCCAUGGGACCCAUAUGCCAAGAUGGUUGGGACCCCAAGACCACCAACUCUUGGACCAAAUGCUUGUCGCAGAAUGCCAGUGGAAUCUGGUAAAUCCCCCACCUCCUUGAUGGAGCAGCAAGACAGAGGGAGGCCCUCUCCUGCUCAUGAAUCUUUUGGCUCUCCGACAUCUAUGAGCAACGAUCCUUAUGCCAAACCUCCUGACACCCCAAGACCAUCUGGGGAAAUGGACCCUUUCUUGAAGCCAAUGGGUCCCCCUAGGGGCAGUCAGGCUGCUCAAGGAAGACCCCCAAUGGGUUCUCCAGGCAGAGACCCAUAUUCCAGGCCCAUGAUAAGAAAUGAUGCCUAUCAGCGCAUGGCUCAGAACAGGAUGAUCUUGUCUGACCCUUACUCAAGACCUCUACUAACACCAAUCCCUGGAAGUAAUGAGUCUGGCUCUGUCCCUCUGUUCAAAACACCUAUGCCCCCGCCACAGGCUCAGGACCACUUCACUCGACCAGGUCCACAUCCCUCUGACAGAUUCUCACAGAAUCAGCAGAACGACCCCUAUGCACAGCCACCACAUACCCCAAGACCAUCUGGGAAUGACAGUUUCACCAGUCCUCCUAGAAUGGGUCAGCAUCAUCCUCAGGGGCACUCAUUUGCUCAGCCGGGACCAAUGACUCAAAUGUCAAGGAAUCCUUAUGCACAUGCACCUUCCACUCCAAGGCCUGACCACUUCACGUAUGACCCCUUUGCCCCGCCCUCUGCUCCCAAUAAGCCACCAACUGACCAUUUCUCUCAGCCUACAGGUAACCAACGAUCUAUUAAUGAUCCUGGUGCUCAACCUCGACCAUUUUUUGAACCUUAUGCUCGCCCCCCUGGAACCCCACGUCCACAUGACAACUAUGGUCAGCCUUCAAACACCCCCAGCCCAUCUUCUGACCCCUACAUGCAGGCUCCUGCUACUCCUCGCCCCGGUGGGAUGAACCAGUUCUCUCAUCAGUCCCACCCUGGACAAAGGAUGUCACCUUCCCACUCAAUGGACCCUUAUGCUCAGCCACCAGGUACUCCACGGCCCUCUGUAGGAGAAAGGUUUUCCAAGUCACCAGGUAGCCAGAGGGGCCCAAUAGAGCCAUUUACGAGUACACCUGGGACAUCGAGGCCAGGUAGUAGUGACAUGUUUUCCCAGCCUGGGGCCCCCAGACCAAUGCUUAAUGACCCCUACGCUCAACCUCCAGGGACCCCAAGGCCUGGUCCUGAUGGACUCAACAGGCCUGGACCAAGGCCAGGACCAAUGGCAAGCCAGGAUCCUUUCUCCACAUCCCAAGGCAGGCUUCAAGAGCCCUUCCCUCAUCCAGACUCACAAACGAAACACCCUAGUGUUUCAGAAGGUGGUUUUUCACCCUCCAGAAGACCCAGUCAAACACCUGUCCAUGACCCAUUUGAACAAGCCCCCAUGACCCCUCGUCCACAGUCUACAGAGAAAAUGGAAAUGAAAGAUCAGUCAGUUGUGAGUAACAGUGGAACAGGCCCUCAAGACCCGGCCCAACAGUCCAACAACCCACAGAUGCCUGGCGCAUCCUCUGAAGCUCAAGGUGUUGCUCUUGCUGAGAGUGAAGAAAGACUCAGACAGCGACAACGAAUUAGAGAACUAAUCCUCAAGCAGCAGCAACAGAGAAGUGCCAUUCGACAGGAGAGGGGCCCUCAGGAGCCUGCUGGCAACCUACCUCCAGGAACCCCACGGCCCUGGCCCCAGGAGGGUCAUGGUCAACCAGGGGAAAUGUUCAAUCGGCCUCCUCCACCGUAUCCUGGACAAGGACCCAUGAGAGGGCCAAUGAGGUUCCCAGGACCUUUUCCAGGGGAUCAGCGUGGCCCUUUUGCCAAUGAAGGACAAAUGCCACGAGGCCCACAUCCUGGAGAUCCUAAUCUGAGACAUCAGGGUCCAAGAUUUGCAUUUCCACCCGGGGUUUUAGGACCUCAUGGGGCUCAAGACUUUUUUCCUCGGGGGCAACACCCAAUGCAGGAUGUUCCUCCUCAAAUGAGACGGUCCAUGUCUGCUGAAAUGGCAAAAAGUAUGGGAGGAAACCCAAUGGGUCUGCCCCAGCAUUUCCCACCGCGUAGCAUGCCAGUGCAACAGCACAACAUAAUGGGUCAGCCUUUUAUUGAGCUGCGACACAGAGCAGUAGAAAGCAGGUCACGCAUGCCAUUUCCCACUGGCACUAUGCAAGGAGGCAACAUCGAUCCCAACUUGCAGGGUCAAAGGCCAGCAGGCUUUCCAGGAGCACCUGAUUCAAGGUUCCCUUUAAAUCAAGGACCCAGAAUGGUAGACCCUAUGGCAAGCCAGACUGGCCAUUUGCAGCUCUCUGCUAGCAUGGACAAUCUUCAUCAGCAAACCCAGAUGCCAGGAAUCGGCACACUCAAACAGUCUCCAUUGAUGAGAUCCAUGAGCCAGCCUGCUUCAAAUGAGACCCCGAACAUGGCAGCGUCCAUGAUCCUGUCUGCACCCCCUGCUGGGCAGACUGAGGCUGUCUCAGUGGCCAGUAAUGAAGCUGUGGAGGAGAAACUGGAUGCAGAAGAAUCAGCAGUCAAAGAUCUAGAGGAUGUGGAGGUGAAAGAUCUGGUAGAUGCUGACUUGGAAAACCUGAAUUUGGAUCCUGAAGAUGGAAAAGACCUAGAUCUAGAAACCAACGACCUACACCUUGAUGAUUUCUUAACAUCUGGAAAAUUUGACAUCAUCGCUUAUACAGACCCUGACCUAGAUGACAUCAAGAAAGACAUGUUUAAUGAGGAACUGGAUCUCAGUGAUCCAAUGGAUGAUAAUGCUGACACCACAGAUGUUAACAAAAAUGCAAGCACUGAAACUGAGGCCUCAUCCAGUUCAGCAUCUGUACUGGCAAAGUCAGAGCCUACAGGUGAGCAGUCUUCAGCUGAAGUCAAGCUGGAAAUCACUGGGAAUCAUGACUCUGCUUCUUUGGCACCUAGGCAGGAAAUUAAAACAGAGGUCAAAGACUGCCAGAAGCCACCUGAGGUCGUAGACCAGCAAGCUGCUGGAAACACCUUAAUCUCAAACCAGCAGGCGGUGCUCUCUGACUCCACCCCAGUCCUAUCUAGUUUACUCAUUAAGCAGCAGCCUGAGGAGCAGUCAUUAAAUCCAAUUGUUGAAACUGUCAAUCAAGGAGGUAACCUUAUGGCCCAGCAGAGCCAAGUUACUGAUACUCAGCAUACCUCUGGACUUUCAAUUAGCCAAACAAUACCGGACACUGCCACUGCUGGAGAAGUUUCGAUGACUGGUUUUGCGGCAGACCAUCAGGUGGGGCUGACCUCUGGAGUGGACCAGAGUGGUUUGAGCCAGGCCCAGCAGACAUUGUUGAACCAGGCAAUGGGUCCGCAUAGCCAGCGUCCUCUUCUGCUGGAGGAACAGCCACUCCUAUUACAGGACCUCCUGGACCAGGAGAGGCAGGAGCAACAGCAGCAGAGGCAGAUGCAAGCCAUGAUACGACAGCGCUCCAGCGACUCCUUCUUUCCAAACAUUGAUUUUGAUGCCAUCACUGACCCAAUCAUGAAAGCCAAAAUGGUUGCCCUAAAAGGCAUCAACAAAGUCAUGGUUCAGAACAACAUGGGAAUGAGUCCAAUGGUCAUGAACAGGUUUCCUCCAGCGCCUGUAACACCUUGUCCAGAAAGCACACCAGUUCCUCCUCAGGUUGUUGGACAGGAUGGCAAGUUGACACAAGUAGCAAGACCGAAUCCUCCAAACUUUGGACCAGGAUUUGUCAACAAUGCUCAGAGGGCUCAGUAUGAGGAGUGGCUCCAGGAGACUCAGCAACUACUUCAAAUGCAGCAGAAGUUUCUGGAAGAGAAGAUCGGAGCUCACAGGAAGUCUAAGAAAGCACUGUCUGCCAAGCAGAGAACGGCUAAGAAGGCAGGGAGAGAGUUCCCUGAGGAGGAUGCUGAGCAGCUCAAACAUGUCACAGAGCAGCAGGGUGUAGUGCAGAAACAACUGGAGCAGAUCCGCAAGCAGCAGAAGGAGCACGCUGAGCUUAUAGAGGAGUACCGAGUGAAACAGCAGCAAAACAACAUGACGCCGAUCAUGCCUGGGAUGCACCCAGUGCCCGGCCCUGCUGCCAUGGUGCCCAGUGGGCCACCGAUGGUCCAGCCUCCUAUGAACCCCAUGAUGCAGAUGCCGCUUCAUCCUGGCCAGCCAAAUGCACCUCCACGCAUGCCCAACCCCCCGCCUGGCUGGCAUCCUGGUGCUUCUAUGCCCAUGGGUGGACCAGGAAUGCCACCUAUAAUGCCCCCUCAGGUACCUGUGGGAAAUUCAGGCCAGCCUCUACCUAUGCCAAUGGGAAGCAUACCUCAGCACCCUCAAAUGCCUGUGGAGCCUCAGGCACCACCCGCUCCACCAGGCGGUGUAAAACCCAUGCAGGCAGGUGGUGUGAAGUUUGAUGACAACAACCCUUUCAGUGAAGGCUUCCAGGAGCGUGAGAGGAGGGAGAGGCUCAGGGAGCAGCAGGAGAGACAGCGGGUGCAGCUCAUGCAGGAAGUUGAACGUCAGAGAGCCCUAAAACAUCGCAUGGAAAUGGAGCAGCAAGGGAUGAUGGGGCCAGAUGGGAACAUGGCACCACUCUCUCAGAUGCCAUUUUUUAAUGCAGAAUUGCCACAGGAUUUCAUGCAGCCUCAAAGGCCCCACCUGCAACAACAGCAACAACUUGGACCAAUGUUCCCCCAGCAGCAGGGCAUGCAGCCUGGUAUGGGCUCCCCGCCUGGAACAUUCAUGCAAGGUGAAAGGAGGGCCAUGAUGGGCAAUGGGAUGAUGCCACCAGAGAUGGGUCCAGGUUUAGGGCCUGAUAAUGUUGCCCUACAAGGACCUAACUUUCCUCACGGUCAACCCAGGCCUCGUCAGUUCAGUGGACCAGGAAUGAUGCUUCAGAUGCCAGGCGAGGGUCCACCAUUUGAAACAGCGACACCUCUACCAUCUAAUUUUCCAGGCUCAGGUCAAUCUCUUAUUCAGCUCUACUCCAACAUCAUCCCAGAUGAGAAAGGGAAAAAGAAGAGAAACCGCAAAAAGAAAAAAGAUGAUGACGCAGAUUCAGUCAAGACGCCUUCAACGCCACACUCAGACCUCACAGCCCCACUCACACCAUGUGUCUCAGACACCUCCUCAACCCCAACCAGAAACACCCAUCUCUUUGGAGACCAGGACUUGUCAAGGUCCCCCUUAUCUUCCACCCCCAGUCACUCAGAGCUUGAGAGACAGCUUUCUGGAGGACAAUCUGGACAACCUGGUCUGUCAUUAGACUCAUCAAGAACCCAAGCUCAGGAGCAUGAAAGGAUCCUCAACAACAUCAAACUGGAGCAGACUGAUGCCAGUGAGUGUCAUGGGCCAAGAGAGGGGUCCACUGGCUCAGAAAUAAGCUCUGUGAAGGAAGAGGGUAAUAAAGGGAGUGUGUCACCCUUCCCUCCCGGGCAAAGUCCCAACAAGGGGGAGGCUGGCAAUGAACUCCUGAAACACCUCCUGAAGAACAAGAGUACACCUCCACCUGGAUUGUCCCAACAGAGGUCAGAAGAAAUCCUGCGCCCAGAAGAGGAGGAGACCACUGACUGCAAAACCCUGCUGCGGCAAACCUCCAUGGACAGCAAUGGGGCAUACUCAGAUGGCACCACUGACUUUCCUGGACCUCUGCUUCCUGAGCAGGAGAAGAAGAAAGGGAGGAAUAAGAGGGCACCAAAAGGAGGAGACAAACCUGCCUCUCGCUACAAGAAGAGAAAGAAGGAAGGGGAUGAGAGACAACUGAUGCACCCCGGCCCUGACACUGUAAUGACCCAAAUAAAACAGCAACUCUCCCUGCUGCCCCUAAUGGAACCACUGAUUGGGGUCAACUUUGCCCAUUUUGCUCCGUAUGGCAGCGGGCAGCUUAAUGGCGAGAACCUCUUGUCCGGUACUUUUGGCAGUGCCUCACUUGAUGGCGUCUCUGACUAUUACUCCCAACUGGCUUACAAGCAGAGUAACUUGAGUAAUCCGCCAACGCCGCCAGCGUCUCUUCCUCCCACCCCACCACCUGUGAACCGACAGAAAAUGAUCAACGGAUUUGCCACAACAGAAGAGCUGGCCAGCAAAGCUGCUGCCAUGGUCUCCAAAGGCCUGGUCCCAAAGCCGCUACACGUCCCAUUUAGGACUGAGGAAGAUCUUCUCGCCCGAGCUAUUGCUCAGGGACCUAAAACUGUGGAUGUUCCAGCCUCCCUUCCCACUCCUCCUCACAACAACCAGGAGGAGCUCAGUAACAGAGGACAGGAGCCUUGCAAGGACAGGGACACACCUGACAGUUUUGUACCAUCAUCUUCUCCUGAAAGCGUAGUUGGCAUGGAGAUCAGCCGCUACCCAGAUCUGUCUCUGGUGAAGGAAGAGCCGCCAUCCCCCUGCCUGUCUCCUGUCCUCCCCAUGCUUCCAGCACCUGAUGGGAAAGGGUCAGAGAUUAAACUGCAGGAUAUCAAGACCGAACCUUCUUCGAUGUUCUUUGGCUCCCCCUUUGGCCCCAUGUCUAAUGAUUCCAAACAAGGGCUGGUUUCUGUAGCUAUCACGCUGAGACCAGCUGCAGCUGAGAACAUCACAGGUGUAGUGGCAGCCAUUUCAGACCUUCUAGGUGUGAAGAUCCCCAGCAGCUAUGAGGUCAGCAGCACCCCAGACAGGGGGCCGCUGUCUAUGCUCAGCGGUCCAAGGAUGGGCCCCCACGGCAUGGAGCCUCGGCCUCCCAUGCUAUUCCACGGACAAGGAGACAGUGGGGGGCUUCAUGGGCGGCCGGGACAGAUGAUUAGGCCCGGUGGAAUGAUGCAACAGCAGCAAGCACAUCAUUUCCGUUUCCAUCCCAACAGCCCAGGCGCAGCUGUGGCCCGAGGACCUGACCACAAGACCCCUGCCAGUCCUGGAUGUAAACCUCAGUGGUGCUGCCACUGUAAGGUGGUGGUGCUGGGAAAUGUAGUACAGAAAGCUGUAAAAGACCUCCCUGCCCACAUGAAGCCUGUCAACACUUGGACCUUCUCUCAUCAGGAGUCUGAAGGCCAUAUGAAAUGUGAAGAAGACCUCGUCUUCUGCAGUCACAGCUGCUUCCUUCUCUACUGUUCGUCUUCUCCAUUGCAAUCCAGAUCAACCACAGAAACUAAGGAAUCGGUGUCCCUUCUGCCGGCCUCUGAGCAGACAGAGAGCCUGUCUAAAAUUCAGCACCAGUACAGUAACAACAUGUCCUCUCUGGAUGUUCAUUGCCUGGCCCAGCUUCAGCCCAAGCAGUCUCCCCCAUCUACUCCUCCCAUCCCGUUCCCUAUGGCAGGCGAGACGCCCAAAAUGGAAAUGAAAUCUGAUGCCCUCAAAGUGACAGUGAAGCUGAAGGCCCGGCCGAGGUCCCACGAUGGCUGGCACCAGGGAAAGAGACAGAAAGGACUGCGCUGGAGGAAGUGGACCGUUCAGGUGGUCGUGCCAAGAGGGAAUUCCCAGCUCCCAGAUGAGGACAAAAUUGAUGAGCUCCUAAAGAAACUUGGGGCCUCCCUGCGCCCCCCAGCUUCCCUCCAAGACCACAGACGCUGCUGUUUCUGCCACCAGUUUGGAGACGGAAUCACCGAUGGUCCUGCCAGGUUGCUUAAUCUGGAUCUCGAUGUAUGGGUUCAUCUAAACUGCGCCCUGUGGUCCACUGAGGUAUAUGAGACGCAGGCUGGAGCCCUCAUCAACGUGGAGCUCGCGCUGCGUCGUGGCCAAACGGUACGCUGCGCCUACUGCCAGCAGACUGGAGCCACCAGCGGCUGCCACCGUCUGCGCUGCACCAACGUCUACCAUUUCACCUGUGCUCUGCAGGCUCAGUGCACCUUCUUCAAGGACAAGACCAUGCUAUGUCACGCGCAUAGGCCCCGAGGAACGGCAGGACAAGCACUGGAGCAUGAGCUGCGUUGUUUCGCCGUGUUCCGACGAGUCUAUGUCCAAAGAGAUGAAGUGCGUCAGAUAGCCACAGCUGUGCGGCAGCCUGAGCUGGGCUAUACGUUUCGAGUGGGCAGUCUGGUGUUGCAUGCAAUAGGCCAACUCACCCCCCUGCAAAUGGCAGCCUUCCAUUCCCCGACAGCCAUCUUUCCAGUUGGCUAUGAGGCUUGCCGCAUCUACUGGAGCAUGCGCCAUGGCAACCGCCGUUGCCGCUACGUCUGCUCUGUUGAAGACAGAGAGGGGCUACCAGAGUUUACAAUCAGAGUCAUCGAACAGGGCUACCAGGACGUGGUACUGACCGACACCUCUGCUAAAGGAGUGUGGGAUAAGGUGCUAGGUCCUGUUGCCGAGAAAAGAGCCGAAUCCGGCACUCUGAAGCUCUUUCCUGUCUACCUGAAAGGAGAGGAUCUGUUUGGGCUUACAGUCCCUGCAGUUACCAAGAUCUCAGAAUCGCUCCCAGGAGUGGAGGCUUGUGACAGGUACUCGUUCCGUUACGGACGCAACCCCCUUGUGGAGUUGCCUCUCGUGUUCAAUCCAGCCGGUAGUGCCCGUGCACAGCCAAGAACAAGCUCUACCUGCAUCUCCCUGGUGAUAAGGCCACAACCACAGGCUGUGUCCAGCAGCAGUGCCAGGUCUAACCAGAAUGUGGCCCAAGGAGAAGGUGCUGCUCCCCAUAAUAAGCCUCCAGUAGUCCAUCCCAGGUCCUCCCAGUACCGCUGGAUGAAGAGUGAGUGGAGAGCCAACGUCUACCUGGCCCGCUCCCGCAUCCAGGGCCUGGGGCUGUUUGCUGCUCGAGACAUUGAAAAACAAACAAUGGUGAUUGAGUACAAUGGAACCAUCCUCCGAAAUGAGGUCGCCAUCCAGAAGGAGAAGAUCUAUAGAUCUCAGAACCGGCCAGUGUUCAUGUUCCGCAUCGACAGCGAGCACGUUGUUGAUGCCACUCGGACUGGAGGGCUCGCAAGAUAUAUCAAUCACUCUUGUGCCCCUAACUGUGUUGCUGAGGUGGUCACAUUUGAACGGGGUUACAAAAUCAUCAUCAGCUGCAUUCGCAGAAUUGAUAAAGGAGAGGAGCUGUGUUUCGACUAUCAGUUUGACACUGUUGAGGGCCAGCAAAAGAUCGCUUGCCACUGUGGAGCUCCUGAAUGCAGGAAGUGGAUUAACUGAGCAAAACGACAAAUGCAUUCCUUUGCUACGUUGUGCGGAUGCUGUGAUCUCUGCACGGAGAUCAAAAAAAACAAACAAAAAAAACUUUACACUAAAGUCAUUUCAUGAAUGAGCAGAAGGCCUGAACCCUCGGAGAAAUGAAUGAAUCCACACGUUGGUUCAUCAAGAUCAAGGAAUAAAAAACACGGGUGGAGGAAGGGAAAUGUAACACAGUAGCAGGAUGUGACUUGUGCCAUAUGUGAGGGGCUCUGCUGUUGGCAGCGCCUCCGUCUGUCUGUAUGUAUCUGCGUGUUUGUUUGGUGUACAUGGGGUGCGGAAUCCACCAGCGAAUGAGAAAGCACUGUGCGGGGUGCGGCCUUAUUGCUUACUAAGGGCAGGCCCUUUUGUUUCAUACUGUUAAUGUAUACCGUAUGACUAAAUGUAGACAUCACUGAAUGAGGAAUGUACAGCAAUGAAUACCGCGAAGGGAAUAUUAACUUGCACUAAAAAAAGAAAAUAAACAAAAAACAUACACACACACACACACACACACACACAAACUUUUAAAUACUUGAUUCCAUGAGUCAGUUUUAUCAUAGGUCUCUGUCAUGUGAUUUGUGUGGAAUUCGAGAGGUUUUGUAUUUAUUACUGAGUGAAUGAAUUUUAUUCUCAAAAUGACGAGAUUGAGUUAAAGAAGGCUAGAUUGCUAUUGUUUUUGAAGAUUGAAGAAGACAUGCUGUUACUUUUGUAUAAAUGUACAUAAAGAAAACUAUAGGAAUAACCGACCAAAUACUACCUUAACCUUCUUGAUGUUUGUGUGUUUUUAAAUUGUUUUUGUUCUGUUUGUCAUUGAAAUUUAUUUAAGAUGGACGUUAUUUCAGUUUGAGAGUAUAUAUUAUGAUUAUUCUGUACAGAAUUUGUAAUAUAACCACAAUAAUUCACAAAGUAUUUUUGUUGUAUUAAAAGUAAGGUAUUGUAGCGUAGUGUUUUGUGACUUACAUACUUUGACCACUCAAAAAAGAAAUAUUUUUGUUGACUAACGUAACGAGUUAUCAGUUACAGAAUCAAAAAAAAAGAAAAAAAAAAAGACUCUUCAAAGAGUGAGAGAUCGUUGUGAUCUGUUUGCUGUUAAUCAGGUUUGAUUUUAAAGAACUGUGAAUUAGGUUUUGAAACCCAAAAACAACUUUUUAACUUUUUAUCGAAUGGAAACAGCAACAUGUAUUUACCUGUUUUUGUUUUUACGUUACUUCUAAAAUAAGGUGCGAACGUCUAACGAUGCUGCGGCUUAGACGAACCGGUGUGUGACAGAAAGAACCGUUACGGGGAACUGUAGGUCGUUCUACCUUUUUGGACGGAAAUGGCAUUCUGCUUAAUCAGAAAUAUUUCUUAUACUGACACUUCACAAGUCACAUGCUUAGAAACAGAAGAGUUUUUGCGUGCACAAUUUCAAGUCGACUGUAAAAUUUUGGAGACAGUCUUAGAACUUGUAAUGUAUAUGGCAUGUAUUUUUUUAACUUUCCGAAGACUCAAUUGUAUAUAUUUUCUCAAUGAAUGGUUGUAACAAAAUUGUUUCUUGGAUAUUUUUCUUCUCUUGUAUGAUAUUACAUCAUCCUGCCAGUGUGUUUGUGCUACAUUUUCUUGGUCGUGUAAAGUAGUCAAAUUUUUUUUUCUCCUUUUCUUUCGUUUUUUUGUUUUGUUUUUUGUUCUUUUUUUUUUUGGAAAAUGCCUUUUGAAGUGUACAGAGUAUGAGGUUUGGAGUUUGUGGAAUUGAAUUUAGAAACAUUUACAAAAAUAAACUAUUUUACAUGUUA